AUGUUAGGGUUUUCAAAUCCUCCAGCAACAAUUGAGGGGGGUGGCACUAAUCUCUCAGAAUAUCGUGCCCUUCUUCAAGUCCUAGUAUAUGCUAGUCAGAAGAGUCAUGAGGCUGCUGCGGUGAUUCACGACGCUCUUGUGGGUGGAGUUGUGGCUACCUUUUUUGAUCAGCAACAAAGGUUCCAAAACGGUGUUUUACUUCCAUCAUCCAAGUGUAUAGCAACGAUGGCUCCCCUUAUCUCUGAAGGGUUUUAUUCACCUUCGCUCUCCUACACAUUGGAUAACCCAUUUUCCACACGAUAUCAGCCUCUUUCGGAAAGCCACGGUCGUGACUUCUUUACGUUGGUAAUACUCUUAUUCCCGGAUUGUUUCAUGGAUGGACCGUUCAUAGAUACACAUUCCCGUACGAACUCGUUAUCGACCUCUAUUCCCAUGAUCCCGCAAAUGUUUACGCACAGCAACAUCCUGAGUGCCUCUCCGAGUGUCCAUAGGGAAAACACCCCACCCGCUGGAACCCGGGACGGAGUCGGGAAUAAAAUCUCCCCGGUGAGUGCCCAUCGCGAACCCCCAACCAUCGUUGUCCCAUCCCUGAGCGCCACCCACGGCAACAUCCAUAUUUUGGGAUCGAGUGGGACUUUUCCACACGCCGAGGUCGAUGUGAUGCAGCUCCAUCGUCACCGCUUACAAGUCUCGAAGCAGUACCUCUCCGUGAUCAAUGACACCCUGCACGACGUUCAGGUUCGGCAGCUAAAAAAGGAAAAGGCCGCAGGCUCGGCCUCCGCCAAACCCACCGGUGGCGAGGUGGUGAAUAUUCGCGUGGUUCAGACGUUUAUGGAGAAGCUGAAGAUGAUGCUGCUGUGCUGCAUGUGCGCCGCGGAGAUGGCCUAUCAGGACGCGAGGGCCGACCAUGGCCUCGGGGGCCAUAGCGGGGACGGCCCAGUCGGCGGCGGUGGGCCGGUCCGACUCUCCCCGAUGCUCCAACUGGAGGCGCUGACGACGCACUGCGACGUGUUUCAGCACCUGCGUUGGGCCGAUCCGGUGGAGUCAUGGUGCUGGGGCGAGAGCGGAAAAGAAAUGGAGGAGUGGUAUGAUCGGGCGCUGGUGCACAUUAAUGGCAUCUUUGUGGCGCAUAGGCAAUGCGAUCUUCAAACUUUCUUAUUCACUCUUAAAGAAGAAGUUCUACGGAAGCAAGGGCAGGUAACCGCACACGCACCGGAGAUCCUGAUGUAUCGCGCUACGGAUGGUCAUAGAGGAGUUACUCUCGAACUGUGCCCAUCCAAGGUCCAAUUCAAACCAAAACUGCCCUCGUUGCCGAUACAAAGCGGUGAGGCCCACGUGCUGCUGUCCACACCCAAGCCGUGUAUGCAUCCAAUUUCAGGGAAUUCGUAUGUUGAGCUUCUGCUCGAUGCAGCCUCAUCCCCCAUUAUCACGGCACUGAAUCGUUGGAAACAAAAAAGAUUGACUGAUGCUCAACUUCGUGAGGAAACUAAUUUGUUUUCUUCGACAACCUGGAACCAUAUUAACGAACAACAACAGCAUAUGCUUCAAAGAAAUGUACUUAGCAAUGGCUUUAUUGGUAAGAUUCUUGAGAAGAAUCCUAUUCUGCUAGCCCGAAUUGUAGUAUGGGCUCGAAAAAACGUUGGUAACGAAUCGGAUAUCAAACAAGAAUCCUUAAAUGUUGGUUCCAAGUGUCACAAUCUUCCCUUUGUACAGGAAAACAAAGAUGAGCCUCUAGUUGACCUAAGUUCUGAAAUAACUAAUGAGGUGCUUUCCAGUUCCACUUUCUCUGUCUCAACAGCACACUUCAUACGAGAAUUAGUGGCGCGCCAUGCACUGGACAAGAAAAUUUUCAUGGCAUGGGUACAACGACAGUGUACAGGCUUCCAAAAGAACUCAAAGUCGUCUCCUCUAGAAAAGAUAUUUCUGGCAUUGAUGGAUUUCGUACUGGUUCAAGCAUCAUGGGAACUUGAGCCUGGAUUGGUUCCUAUCAUGCUAGAUCUUCGGACCGCAGCAAAGUAA